UCUGGAUCAUGGUGGAACAACCGGGAUCAAUCAUGUAGCGCCAGCUUAUUAUGGGCGCGGCGACCAGAGGUGGCCGCUUACCACAGCAAACGAAAGCUGCGAUCAUACUGCUCCCGCAGCGAUUUUCCAUCGCGAACUUCGGGCGCCGAAUCAGUUUUCGUCGGAGAUCCAGGGCGUCGCAAACGCGGUGCUUGCUGCGGUUGA